UCCGGAGUUGCGUGCCAGCCAAAAAAGGAAAUUAUUAUCAUGAUGGAGACCGCGUCGCGAAAUGAAAUCGUUAAGAGGCGAGUAAAUCAGGCAAAUGUGCUCGUUGGUGCCUCCUCAUAAGCAUGGUUUCAUUAGCGAAGCGUCAAAUUGUUGCGAACUGGGUUAAGGAACUCAACUCUGACAGCUGCAGCGGGUGGCCAAAAUCGGAUUCAAAAUACCAUUUCAUAUUCAAAUCAACUGCAGCUGGCAACUUUUGAUUUCUCUAGAGGAGUUGGAGGAGGAGGUGCAGGUGGAGCAGGAGUAGCAGGCCAUAAACUACGCGAUUGCAUGCAGCAGCACUUAGGGUACAGCCCAAAAAAAAGGAAUGUAGCCCCUUUUUGUUGUAAUACCCCAGUGACACCUCAAGUCAGUCGCCGUGGGAAAAUGUUGGAAAAGCAGAAGCGCAUUGGAGUUGAGGAAAAAGGAGGUGGAAAGGUCGGAAAGUUGGCGUGCGAAAAGUGGCUAACUUCUUGGUGGCGCACAUUGGCGCCGUUCAGUUGGGAUUUACGAUCUGAGCGGUCAAGUUGUGGUGCGGCGAGCUGCGCUUGAAUGGCGCCAUUUGCGGUUCGGUGGGCUCGGAGGAGGUCGGUGGCCAGUGGUCAGGGGUGUGCCCAGCAUGGGUGCCCAAAGUUUUUCCCGCAAAGUGCAGACUCAUUAAAUGUUUAAUUAAAGUGCAGCCCCCUACGAACAGGAAACCAACUAUGGCGAUUGCCUACGAUUGGAAAACCAACGAUGUCUUUGAUGCGGAUUUCGGCUGGAAUCGCUCCUUCUCAGAGCCGGAUCUCACAGCCAACCAGAAGCAGGGCGACCUCAGCCGGUUCGCCAUCAAGCAUCCGCACGAGUACAUAGCCGUCGAUGACCUCAAGUACUUCCGUCGCCGGCAGCCCGUCCAUCUGCACACCCGGAGCAACGUGUGCCUCUACAGCGGCGAUGAGCCAGUGCCCAGCUUCGGCUCCCUGAAGUCCGAGUACCGCAAACACUUCCGCGGCACCCAGUCCAGGCCCAGAUCCCUUCUGAGACGCGCCACCUCGCUGCGACUGGAGGGAUUCAUGCAGCUGCUGUCGGAGCACCAGGAGAAAUACCACUGGUACACGCCCGAGGACCUGCGAUUCUCCCGCACGUUUCCCGUUCGCAAUCCGGAGAACCUGCAGUUGGGAGAGGGAAGCGGAGCCGCCAACGCCGAUGGCAUGAAGAACUCCUCGUACCUCAUGCUGGAUCCCAGCACCAAGAUACUGCCACGCGAGGUGUUCCUCGACGAGUCGGAGGUGGCGGCCAGGAACCAACCCAAUCCCAACAACAAACUGGCAGCGGACAAGUUCCGGCGGGAUGUGGCCGCUCAGGAGCAGCAGCGAUGCCACCUGCAGAUGCGCGCCCAAGCCGUGGACCGGGAGCAGCAGGGCCAGGUGCCAGAGCCUUCGGAGUACCGUCGCCAGUUUGUCCAGCAGUUCCCCGAGAAGGCGCACUCCAUUCCCCAGAUGAGUAGCAUCAAAAUCCAGGGUGAAUUCGUGGCCGUGCCGGAGUACAGGGACAGCUUUCGGAUGUAUGCCAACUACUCGAAGAGUGCUCCCAUCAAGAAGGACGACAACCUGCGCGUCUCCGGCUCCGAGGGCUCCUGUGCCCCCAGUGCCGAGGUGCCGGAGUACCGCGACAAAUUCAUCGACCCACCCAAGCACGUGGCCAAAGAGAAGUCCCUCAAGACGGACGAUCACCUGCGUCCGCGCGGGGAGUUCACCAAAGAGAUUCCCGAAUACCAUGAGAGCUUCCGAGACCCGCACAUCACCGAGAUGCCGGAGCGGGGAAAGCCACGAGAGCCCUUCCUCCGGCUGCGCGGCAAGAUUGAGUUCAAUCCGGAGUACAGAAAUAACUAUCAGGAUUUUCCGCGCUCGCGACCCGUCGUCCAGAAGCCCACCUCCUGCUUCCGACUGCCCACCUCGGGUGUUUCACCCUCCGUCCAUCACCAGCCGAAUGAGGAUGUGGAGACUCCUGUCCUGGUCACAGUGCCUCCAUCGGAGGUAACGGCCACGCCGGAAUACCGCCGGGCGCAGUACAACUAUCAACUGCGCGAGCGUCCCAGGGAUUUGGAGGGAGUUCCAUCUGGUGUGCCGGGAAAUCUCCGCAAGAGUUCUGAUUCUUCAUUGGAGGCAAGGCAACCGCAGAUACAGAUUCCCCACAAGCGGAGGACAUCGCGUCAGCGGCAGAUCAAGGAGCCCGAGCAGCCAAUGGCCAACAGCUUCCAGGAUGUGGGCGGCAAUGCGGCCAAAAAGCCAGCCAGAUACGGCCGACGAGCUUCCGUCCUCCAGAACGCAGCCAGUUGCCGUGAGAACUCCUCGAUCAUCGAGGGGAAUCCCAAGUACGCCGUGGGUUGUCGACGGGCAGCCAAGCAGCCACCCGGAAAUCAAACUCAGCCCGGAGCCUUCGUGGUGCUCGACGAGCCAUGCAAGCCUUCCAACUGGAUGAAGAAGACCUGGUACGACUCCUAGGUCAGCGCAUCUACACCUAAUUACUAGUAUUCUGUUUUCAAUCUGUCUAUUGUAGAGGAAUAAAAAAAUAUCAUGA